UUGUUAUACUUAAUUACUGAUCUGAGUAAGGUUGAGCUGACUGAUCAUGAAUGAAGAUUACAUUAAACAAACAAAUUCAACCCAAGCCGGUUUGCUUAUGACAUCACUCGAUAGCUUGAGAGAACAAAACAUUCUCUGCGAUUUCGAUGUCAAAGUCGGUGACAAAUCCUUCCGUGUUCAUCGCUGUGUCUUGGCAGCCUCAUCAGGAUACUUUAAAGCGAUGUUUACGAGCAAAAUGAAGGAAUCUCGUGAUGGGUUUAUUGAUAUGAAGGAUGUCGAUCAGAAUGGAAUUUCCCAAUGUAUAGAGUUCAUGUAUAAAGGAGUAGGAAAUUUGAAAAUGGAGUUUGUUCAACAAAUUCUGCAAGCAUCCAACCUGUUACAAAUGGUUAGUUUGACAAACUUUUGCUUCCAUUACUUGAAAACCAAUCUUUCUUCAACCAAGUGUCUUUCUGUCAUCAACUUGGCUCAAUCGUACGAUCGUCAUGAUAUAAAAGAACAAGCAGAACAGGUGCUUAUCACUAAUUUCAAAUCAGUAAUUUACUCUGAGAUGUUCCCGUUCAUUAUCAAGCCAGAUCUCCUGCGUUACAUAAAAGUUUCAAAUGUGAGUUAUCAAACAUCAUGGCAAGCUAUGAUAACAUGGGCAAAAGAUGAAGAUGCAGAGAGAUGUUUUGCCGAUCUUGUUACAGUCAUCAAUAUCCAGACUUAUGCUUCCAAAUUUCUUCUGGAGACUGUGUUGGAAGAACCACUGGUGAAGAGUAAUGACAUUGCAAGGAAUUCAGUCAUCACUGCAUUAUUCUCUGAUGUCAAGAAUCUUGAGACAAAUCUUGAGAUUGACAACUGCUUCAUCCUGAAGAAUCUGGCUGAAACUCAUCAAGUUACCAACCCAAAUACUGUGACAAAUGUGAUGAAUCGAUUCCUGGAAGCAAAUUUCGAACAAAUCAUUGAGAAAAAAGAGUUCUGUGAUAUCAGCAAGGAUGACAUCAUACGGAUUUACAUAUCCCCAAAUACAAAAUAUUCUUCCGAGACUGUCAAAUGGCACAGAGCUCUUAGAUGGAUAAAGCACGAUAUUCAAAAGAGGAAAAAAAAUUUUCAAGCUUUGUUUGGCCUCCUUGAUCUCCAAAAAUUUCCUGUUCAAUUCUUAGAACAAACGGUCCGCUCAGAGACUUUGGUCAGAGAUUCUCGCGAAUGUUACGAUAUUCUUGUGGAUGAAAUAUUUUUUUGAGCAAGGAAGAAGUCGUCUUCAAUGGAUCUUUCCCCUCAGCAUGCAGAAAAAACUAGAAACAGAAACGUAACAAGCCCAGUAUUCAACAGUUGGAGCUACAAGUACUAGAGAUGAAAAUACAGAAACUUUCUUUGCAAAUGCUGCAUUAAGUAGCCACAAGUCUAGGAAUGUCCAAGAACUACAUGUUGGAGCAGUGGGUGGAUACAGAAAUGACACAUCAGCAAUGGAUAUCCUGGUGAUGACCAUGAGAAUAAACUUUGUCAUGCAUUGAUAACAAAAUUAAAGGCAGCAGGAUUUGAAUACUAACAAUAGAUGAUCAACACUAUCCGGACAAUACUAUAUUAAAACUCCUUCAUUGAUUUUGUAGUGUCAUUAUCAAGCCAUUUAUAAAUAUUAUAAAGUUCGGUGAACUGCAAUAUCAGUCAGAUAUCUUUAAAGGACAUUUUAUAUAUCUCAAACAGCAAACUUUGGGGGUACAGUAGUAAAAAAUAAGUUCCUGUCAUUACCAGAACAGACCCUAAAUUGCCUGAACGGGGUGGAAAAUCCAUCUAAACCUACCGGAACUACCUAUAGCUAUCUUGUAAAAGUUGUGUAGAAAUUGAAAGUCUGCGGAUUUAAAUACUUACAGUACAUAAUCAACAAUCGACUUUGAACACUACGUGGACAAUUUAAUAUUAGAAUCCCUUCAUUGAUUUUAUAGUGUCAAAAUCAAGCAUUUUAUCAGGCCACUUACAAAAUAUUAUAAAGUCCAAUGAACUGCAAUAUCAGUCAGACACGUCCUUGCCUGUUUAAAUCAAACUUUAUUCUGUUAGUUUGAGAAUGAUCAAGAAUUGUAUUUGUCAAUAUUUUUCUAUUACGCUAAUUGGUCAGAAUUUUCAAAACCAACAAUUUAUUUUUUAGUAUUCAUUCUUUUAAAGGUGAGCAAACAUGUGCUCAUUUGUGUUUUUCAUUUUCUUAUUAUUCUUUCGUUUGUGGGGAAUGAAACACGUGCCUUUCAUAUUUUUCAAUUAUCCACAAUAAUUUCGCUAAAUUUAUUAGACUCAUGCUUUUGCUUAUACUAUUUGUAGAUUGAUUUCCAGACUCAGCUAUUGUUGUUAUGCUGAUUUGGAGUCAAAAUAUACUUUGUUUGCAUAUUUGACCCAUUUUUAUAUACUGGUAUUCAUUCUUCCACUGUUAAUCAGUUCCAUCUCAAUUACUAUCAAUUAUGUUGGUCGUUAUCAUUCUGAGAAAAGUUGUUUUGAGACUUUACAAAUGGAGAAGAGCAUUUUUGUGUUGAUUGAAAAAUCUACUGCUUUGAGUCAAGUUUUUGAAUAAUUCUCACAAGUUUUACUCCAACUAAGCAGCUAUAUUAGAGAGAAACCUUAAUUGGUAUGAUGCAUGGGCAUAAUAUGCCUAUUUAACUGUAAAAAAUAGGUUUUGUAUUUAUCCUGGCAGAGAAGGCUAGUUAAGCACUCCGCUAUUAGCCAGGUUAUCAUAAAAAUGAAAUGUCAAAAUCUGAUCUAUAUUCAGAUGUAUCAUGAACUUACUUGGCGGAGAAAGCUGUAAUCAACCAGAGGAUCCCACCAUAUUAGCCCCCAUUAGUUUCUUCAAUACCAUUUUUGAACCAUAUGCUUUAACCUUAAUUUAAAUGUUUUUUACCUUUGUCUUCAUUUAUUUGGCCAAUGCUUACAAAGCACUGUGAUAUUAUAUCAGGGUAUUUACCACCCACUGUGUAUGUUUUCUAGCUCUUACUUUCUCCCUUAUUUAUACCAGUGUCUGUUUUUAAUAUAAUAUUUUCUUGCUGUAGAACAUUCCAUAUUGAUACCUACCUGACUGUGAUACAUCAAUGCAUUUUCUAUCCAAAGUUUAUAUAUAAUGUAUGUUAUGUGAUUCAAGUUAUUACCAGUGUAUCCAAUUUUAUAAAUAUUCAGUAUUUUAUUAUUUUUCUCUCAUUGCAUAGUAAUUAUACCUAAUAUUGUUCAUAGUGAUGUUUUUUCAUUUAUGUUAUGGCCCAUACAAUAUUGUUAUUGAGCCAGCUAUGAGCAAACUGACAUUCGGAUACAAUAUUCAUAUUACUGUUAUUAAUAUUUAUCCAUCAUGAAACCUCAUGGGAUAGCUUCGUUCAAUUAUGGCAGACUAUGGCAUGUUACCAGAAUAUUUGACUAUUAAAAUAGUCACCCAGCAAACCAUCCAAGGGUCCAGUGGUCAACUCGCACUUACCAGUAAUCAACCAUCUUUUACAUAAUCCAGAAGUAUAACCCUUUUUUUGCAUUUGGAAUAAAAUAAGGGAUGCCUCCCUGAAUAAUAAGGCAAUGCUUUGGUAUGCAACGCGACAGUUGUAACUCUGGUAACCUUGAAAAUAUCAUAAAUACACAGCCCAUAGGCAAAUAAGCUCGUAGGUGAAUGGGAUUGGAUGGUAUGUUUUAGGUUGGGAUACAAAUGCUGAUAUUGCACAUCAAAGUAACACUAAUAGAUCCUUAUUACUUAUCGAUUUUAAUCGGUAAGUAUGUUGAUAGAUAUUUGUCUGUUAGAUGCACACGAUAUCUCACGAAAGCGAGAUUGAAUCUGCUGCAGAUUUUGCAUGUGCAUUCAUCAU